AUGAUUUGUUUAUUGAUUGUAUUUGCAGCAUUUGCAUCUGCUAAAGAAUUUUAUCAAUAUAGUAUUGUGAGAACUGGAGAAGAUAAAAAAAUUACUGGAUAUUCAGUUUUUGAAGUUGAUAAAUGUUAUAGAAUUACUUUAACUACUUAUCAAUUAAUUUCACAAAAGAAUGGAGAAACUGCUGCUGAUGAAGGAAAAUAUUUCUUCAAUACAUUCUCAGAUAAAGAAUGUAAAACUCUUUCAGGUGGAGAAUCUGCUACUGCUGUUCAAUAUACUAUUGAAGGGUUAAAGGGUUUAAACAUCUUUGAAGCCAAACCAGCUGAAAGUAACAAAUGUGUAGAAACUGCUGUUAAUACAUUUGCUGAUGACAAAUGUACAGAAGUAAUUCCAGCCACUUCACAAUUUGUUUGUAAUCAACCAACUGAAGUUAAAACAUGUAAUAAAUCUGGUGAUUUCUAUGUAAAGACAUCUGUUGUUCAUGGAUAUCAAGGUACAUUCUACUAUUCUGAUGAAGAAUGUCAAGUACCUACUGGAUAUGUAGAAAAUCAAAGAAAAUGUGGAGUUUGUGGACCAUUAUCAGCUUCAUUUAGUAAAGUUGAAGAUAUUACUUACACAAAAGUCGCAUGUGAAAAUGACUGCUAA